GGCAAGAGAGAAAGGGGGCAAAAACCAAAACACCAACCCGGGCAGAGGAGGAGGCGCGGCGGCGGCGGCGGUGGCGGCGGCGGCAGCGGCAGCGGCGGCGGCGGCGGCGGCAGCGGCAGCUCAGACCCCCUCCCCGGCUCCCCUCAUCAGAGCAGCUCUCCGGGCGAUGCCAGAAUAGAUGCCGGGGCAAUGUCCCGCCGCAAACAGGGCAACCCGCAGCACUUGUCCCAGAGGGAGCUCAUCACCCCGGAGGCUGACCAUGUGGAGGCUGCCAUCCUUGAAGAAGACGAGGGUCUGGACAUAGAGGAGCCCAGCGGCCUGGGGCUGUUGGUGGGUGGCCCCGACCCUGACCUGCUCACCUGUGGACAGUGUCAGAUGAAUUUCCCCCUGGGGGACAUCCUGGUUUUUAUAGAGCACAAGAAGAAGCAGUGUGGCGGCAGCCUGGGUACCUGCUAUGACAAAGGCCUGGACAAGGGCAGCCCGCCGCCCUCCUCACGCUCCGAGCUCAGGAAAGUGUCCGAGCCGGUGGAGAUCGGCAUCCAAGUCACCCCCGAUGAAGAUGACCACCUGCUCUCGCCCACGAAAGGCAUUUGCCCCAAGCAGGAGAACAUGGCAGGGCCGUGCAGGCCUGCCCAGCUGCCCGCGAUGGCCCCCAUAGCUGCCUCCUCCUCCCACCCUCACACAUCCGUGAUCACCUCACCUCUGCGCGCCCUGGGCGCUCUGCCGCCCUGCUUCCCCCUGCCGUGCUGCAGCGCGCGCCCGGCCUCGGGUGACGGGACUCAGGGUGAGGGGCACAUGGAGGCUCCUUUUGGAUGUCAGUGUCAGUUGUCAGGUAAAGAUGAGCCUUCCAGCUACAUUUGCACAACAUGCAAGCAGCCCUUCACCAGCGCGUGGUUCCUGCUGCAGCACGCGCAGAACACGCACGGCUUCCGCAUCUACCUGGAGCCCGGGCCCGCCAGCAGCUCCCUCACGCCGCGGCUCACCAUCCCGCCGCCGCUGGGGCCCGAGGCCGUGGCCCAGUCGCCGCUCAUGAAUUUCCUGGGCGACAGCAACCCCUUCAACCUGCUGCGCAUGACGGGCCCCAUCCUGCGGGACCACCCGGGCUUCGGCGAGGGCCGCCUGCCCGGCACGCCGCCGCUCUUCAGUCCGCCGCCGCGCCACCACCUGGACCCGCACCGCCUCAGUGCCGAGGAGAUGGGGCUCGUCGCCCAGCACCCCAGUGCCUUUGACCGAGUCAUGCGCCUGAACCCCAUGGCCAUCGACUCGCCCGCCAUGGACUUCUCGCGGCGGCUCCGCGAGCUGGCGGGCAACAGCUCCACGCCGCCGCCCGUGUCGCCGGGCCGCGGCAACCCUAUGCACCGGCUCCUGAACCCCUUCCAGCCCAGCCCCAAGUCCCCGUUCCUGAGCACGCCGCCGCUGCCGCCCAUGCCCCCCGGCGGCACGCCGCCGCCGCAGCCGCCCGCCAAGAGCAAGUCGUGCGAGUUCUGCGGCAAGACCUUCAAGUUCCAGAGCAAUCUGAUCGUGCACCGGCGCAGCCACACGGGCGAGAAGCCCUACAAGUGCCAGCUGUGCGACCACGCGUGCUCGCAGGCGAGCAAGCUCAAGCGCCACAUGAAGACGCACAUGCACAAGGCCGGCUCGCUGACCGGCCGCUCCGACGACGGCCUCUCGGCCGCCAGCUCCCCGGAGCCCGGCACCAGCGAGCUGGCCGGCGAGGGCCUCAAGGCCGGGGGCGACUUCCGCCACCACGAGAGCGACCCGUCGCUGGGCCACGAGCCCGAGGAGGAGGAAGAGGAGGAGGAGGAAGAGGAGGAGGAGCUGCUGCUGGAGAACGAGAGCCGGCCCGAGUCGAGCUUCAGCAUGGACUCGGAGCUGAGCCGCAACCGGGAGAACGGCGGCGGCGUGGCCGGGGUGCCGGGCGCGGGCGGCCUGGGCGGCGCGGCCAAGGCGCUGGCCGACGAGAAGGCGCUGGUGCUGGGCAAGGUCAUGGAGAACGUGGGCCUGGGCGCGCUGCCGCAGUACAGCGACCUGCUGGCCGACAAGCAGAAGCGCGGCGCCUUCCUGAAGCGCGCGGCGGGCGACGCGGGGGACGACGACGACGCGGGCGGCUGCGGGGACGCGGGCCCGGGGGGCGCCGUCAACGGGCGCGGCGGGGGCUUCGUGCCGGGCGCUGAGCCCUUCCCCGGCCUCUUCCCGCGCAAGCCGGCGCCGCUGCCCAGCCCGGGGCUCAACAGCGCGGCCAAGCGCAUCAAGGUGGAGAAGGACCUGGAGCUGCCGCCCGCCGCGCUCAUCCCGUCGGAGAACGUGUACUCGCAGUGGCUGGUGGGCUACGCGGCGUCGCGGCACUUCAUGAAGGACCCCUUCCUGGGGUUCACGGACGCGCGCCAGUCGCCCUUCGCCACGUCCUCCGAGCACUCGUCCGAGAACGGCAGCCUGCGCUUCUCCACGCCGCCGGGGGACCUGCUGGACGGCGGGCUGUCGGGGCGCAGCGGCACGGCCAGCGGCGGCAGCACGCCGCACCUGGGCGGCCCCGGGCCCGGGCGGCCGAGCUCCAAGGAGGGCCGGCGCAGCGACACGUGCGAGUACUGCGGCAAGGUGUUCAAGAACUGCAGCAACCUGACGGUGCACCGGCGGAGCCACACCGGCGAGCGGCCUUACAAGUGCGAGCUGUGCAACUACGCGUGCGCGCAGAGCAGCAAGCUCACGCGCCACAUGAAGACGCACGGGCAGAUCGGCAAGGAGGUGUACCGCUGCGACAUCUGCCAGAUGCCCUUCAGCGUCUACAGCACCCUGGAGAAACACAUGAAAAAGUGGCACGGCGAGCACUUGCUGACUAACGACGUCAAAAUCGAGCAGGCCGAGAGGAGCUAAGCGCGCGUGCGCGGGCCGGGCCCCCCGCCCCUGUACAGUGGAACCGUUGCCAAGCGACAGAAUGCUGACCUGACACUUGCCUCCGUGUCACCGCCACCGAGCACCCCCGCGUGUCCCUGGGGCCGAAGGGGGAGGCGGCUCUCCAACCUAACCUGUGUCUGCGAAGUCCUAUGGAAACCCGAGUCAAAAUUGUGGAGCCUUUUAACUGUGCAAUAAUUUCUGUAUUUAUUGGGUUUUGUAAUUUUUUUUUUUUUGGCAUGUGCAGGUACUUUUUAUUAUUAUUCUUUCUGUUUAAAUUCCUUUGAAAGAGUUUGUUGGGUAUCCAUCCCUUCUUCAUUUUUUUUUUUUAAACCCAGUAGAAGCCUGAGCAACGACUUACAAGCAAUGUAGAGGGGAAGCAUAGCUUUUAAAUUAUAAUUUGGGAGGGAGGGCGCUGCUUUUUUGAAAUUUAAGCUAAGCAUGUGUAAUUUCUUGUGAAGAAGCCAACACUUAAAUGACUUUUAAAGUUGUUUACUUUUUUUACUCCUUUUUUUUUUGGUCCUGAAAUAAAAAGUGGCAUGCAUUUUUUUUGGGGGGGGGGAUGGGGUGGGGUGGGAGUGGAUGUACAGCGGAUAACAAUCUUAAAGUUGUAGCACUUUGUUUCAGAGUUGGAGUGGAGCUGUAGCACUGAUGAUGUCCUGAGAAAACGGGCCUUUUCUGCGUUGAUUUCAGCCUUUCCAUGAAUAACAGGGGUGAACUUGGAGUGGUGGGGGAGAGGCCCCCAAAACUCUGCACACUGCCAGAGACACAGGAGUUUUUGCGGGCUACCCGGGGAAUGGCCCCAGAGGAUUCUGAAAUUGUGCAUUACCAGCAGACACUACCCCCUCCUAGAAAUGGAGGCGUACCCUGGGAUGCCGUCUUAGCCAUUUGCCAUAGAACAGGCUAACGUCGGCUGAGGGUACCUUUUUUGGGGUCGAUGGUGGUGGCCUGCAGUGACACAGAAAGGAAGAAACCAGCCAGGUUCUUCUGGGCUUCUUCUGGCUUGCCAGCUUCUCUCUCUCUCUCUCUCUCUCUCUCUCUCUCUCUCUCUCUCUCUCUCUCUCUCUUGUUAUCACCCUCACCACGAAAAUCCCAAGUCCUACGUGGACGUUGCUGCCCAUGAUAGUGAUGAUCGGUCAUUUCUCAAGCAGACAAGUGCCCUGAUGGUGACUGGAAGGAAGUUAGCGUUCUCAUUUCAUGCACACGUGACAUUCUAAGGCCCGGGGUGGGGGAGGGUGGGACCGUGCGAAUUUCUGUUCCCUUUCCUGGGGAAGCAGGGGAAGGCCCAUCCCAAGGUGCCCGGCGCUGCUUCCCCUUUUAUCAUUCCCGUUUGGUUGGAAGGUACUAAACCCACGAGGUUAGAUGUUUGAGUUCUGUUGACCCGCACUUUAAAGCUUUUGUUUGCAUUUAAAUGAAAUGGCUUCUAAACAAGAAAUUGCAGCAUAUUCUUCUCUUUGGCCCAGAGGUGGGUUAAAUAAGGGACGACUGAGAUUGAGUGUCAGUGUUGCUAAGCAUGGCAUUCACAAUACUGGCACUAUAAAGAAUGACAUAAAAUAAUAACUUAUUGGACAGUCUCUCUACUGCCAUUCGAUUUGAUGUGAGUGCCUUGAAAACUGAUCUUCCUAUUUCAGUCUCUUGAGACAAAUGCAAAACUUUUUUUUUUUUUUGAAACGAAAAGACUUUUUAAAAAAAAAAGUAAAACGAGAAAAGUACGUUCUUUAGACACAAACAAAGCCACAUUUACUUUCAAUACAAUUUUUAAAAAAAUCCCGGUUGAAGAUAGAGGACAUGAAAAAUGCCAUCAGACCCAAUCGAGUGAAGAAAUAAACCCAGCACAACCUUGGACAUACAAUUGCUAGCUGAAGGUCCUCAGCCCCCUUUUGUUUGUGGGACAACGCUGCUUAGAUGUGGAGUGGAAGUGAUUUACUGCUGAAUUAAAACUCAAGUGACAAGUUGAUAUCGUUGAAUGAAAAACAAAACAAAACAAAAAAACAAUUCAGGAACAAUGGCUAAUUUUUUUUCUAAAGGUAAAUUUAGUGCACUCUGUCUUAAAAAUACGUUUACAGUAUUGGAUACAUACAAGGGUAACAAAAAUUGUGUGUAUGUGUGUUGGAGAGAUCAUUUUUUCCCCCCCACAAAGUUUUGCUUAAUAGGUUAUAAAAGAUGCCACAGUGGCUGUGUGUAUAUUGUUUCUUUUGGUGAUGGGGUUUUAGUAUAUAUUAUAUAUAUUAAAAUUUCUUGAUUACUGUAAAAGUGGACCAGUAUUUGUAAUAAUCGAGAAUGCCUGGGCAUUUUACAAAACGAGAAAAAAAAACACCUUUUUUCUUUUCCUUGAAAAUGUUGCAGUAAAAUUUAAAUGGUGGGUCUAUAAAUUUGUUCUUGUCACAGUAACUGUAAAGUUGGAGUUUUAGUAAAUUUUUUUCUGCCUUGGGUGUUGAAUUUUUAUUUCAAAAAAAUGUAUAGAAACUUGUAUUUGGGGAUUAAAAGGGGAUUGCUACACCAUGUAGAAAAAGUAUGUAGAAAAAAAGUGCUUAAUAUUGUUAUUGCUUUGCAGAAAAAAAAAUCAUUCCUGACCUGUACUUAUUUUUCUCUUCCCACCUCCCUCUGGAAUGGAUAUAUUGGUCGGUUCAUAUGAUGUAGGCACUUGCUGUAUUUUUACUGGAGCUUGUAAUUUUUUAACUGUAAGCUUGUCCUUUUAAAGGGAUUUAAUGUACCUUUUUGUUAGUGAAUUUGGAAAUAAAAAGAAAAAAAACAAAAA